AUGCUGCUGUUUGCUGUUCGGCAAAUACUUGGUCGCAUUGUGAAGGAUAUUCAAAGCGAUCAGUUGGAAAAAAUUAAACGCUCGGAAGACAGACUUGGUUUUGCAUUUGAACUCUCUCAUCUUGAGUUAAAUGAAACGUUUAUUAAUCAAGAACUACUAGGCAUUGCUGUAGAUAAUACCACUGGAGCUUCAACAUUGCCUUCUUCUAGCUCAUUGCGACUCGUACACGGUUACGCUAAUAGUUUACGCGGCGAUCUCACCUUUAGUCCAAACGGACAACGAAAACUAGAGGUGGAUGGUUUACAACUUGUAUUUGAUGUUAUUCCAAAGGUGGAGUGUACACUCCCUGCAGGCCAUCGUGGCCGCAACAACGCGACAGGGAACACAAAAAAAGGCACACAUUCCCGCCGUUCUUUUAGUAAAAAACGCAGUGGAGUUUCCACGAAGAAUCCCUCAUGUGGUGAUGGCGACGGUGUCAAUAACGCCGUUGGUAUGGAUAAUGAUUACAGGCGUCAUGCCGGCAGUGAUCCCCACCAGUAUGGAGAUGAUGAUAAUAAUAAUGAGCGUAGUGAAAUGGAGGAGGACGCGAUGUAUUCCUCUCUCUUCAUGAGCGGCACGCUGCGGCGGGGAGUCGAGGAGGGCGUCGUCGUGCCGGCCAUUCGCGAGACGGGCGGACUCUCCGCAACACAGCCGUCAGCCGUGCGGCGGCUCAUUGACGAGGGCCUCGAGGUGUUUGAGCGGACCAUUAAACAAUUCAUGCAUAGCGUCAGUGGGUGUAUACGCAAUGUGAGCAUUAUUCUCCGCAUUCCACCACUCGAUCAGCGCAUCAUCCCUGGUAGAGAACCCCCACAGGGAACUCUUGAACUUCUCAUCUCUUUUCAGGGAGGAUUUAAGCUGGAGGAUAUGUGUUCAAACCCUGAGAGUGAUGUUGUGCACAAACGUAUUCACUUCUCUAAUUUCCGUGUGGCGGUGUACCCGUAUGGAAAACGGCACACCACAAGAUGCACAGAAGAAGAGGUGGAGGAGUCUGUCGAUCUCGCGGAUGUUUUUCUUUGUAGUGGGCCACCAGAUGAGUUUAACAAUGAAAUUGUACUUCGAUUUGGAGAAGGUCGAAACGCCACACAAGGAUCAGGGGCUUUUCUGGAUGCCAAAAUAACAACAAAAUUGUUUUCUCUCAUUCUUUCACCAACACAAUUGGGUCGUCUCGUUCACGUUGCCCGUGCCUUAGUUGGGGCACCAGAGAGCGAUAGAGAAGAUGCGAUGGAGGCGGCAGCCACAACUGCUGCUGCAUCAACAACAACAACAACAACAUCCUCAUCAACUUCAUCAUGUGCGGUGCGGCUCACUAAAACUAUGAAAGCCACAUGUCAGUAUGUUUCUUGUACAUUUUUGCCAACGGAGGACCAAAAGGGUACGAAGUUGUUUUGGCAAAUGUUACAGAAGAGUGAUGGAGAGGGUAAUAGUAAUAAUAAUAAUAAUAAUAAUAAUGAUAAUGCGUUGCAAUCAUCAAAGCAACAUCGAUUACUCUUGCAGCGUCUUAUUAAUCUUAGGGUUUAUUACAAUGUGUAUGUUGGUGGUAUUAUGUUGCUCAUUCAACCAGUGACUGCAAGCACAAGCAGAACUGAAGAUGCAUUUCAUGAUGUUUUUCAAAAUCAUGGCGGUCGUGGAUGCUCUGCUGGAAUAGGUGUUAUCGAGAUUUAUGAAUUAUAUGCAGGGAAAGAAAAUGAUAAUAAGAAGUCUACUACUAAUGUAGACACUCAUACUUUUGCUAGCAUUCCUGAGGGAGGUAGACUUGUUCUUACCACAAAAGAGAAUGCUGAAACCUGCUCUGAACGUCGUUACCGUAUUGCUAUUGUUUCGCGAACCACGUAUCCACUUACAUUAGAAGAGGCCCGUCAAUGUAACAAUGAUAUUCUAAAAAGAGAUGAUCAUGUUGCGGCAGUCGUAAUGGAGCAUAUCCUUGUAAAGACAUCUGGUGCUGUUGUUUUGGGAGAAUUAGACGCUGGAAUACUUGAGAGAUUGGGAACCUUUUUGGUUCAAUUACAGCGUAUCAUUGAAAGAACUCCUGUUGAAAAAAAAAUGCCAGGACAUUCCAAUCAACAUACACAACAAUCACAAUCACAAUCACAACAACAUCAAGAAGAACAAGAAAAACAUGAACAACGGGCAGAAGCUUCCUUAUCUUCAUCAUCUCCACUAUUUGGACUACGGCAAGUCUCUAUUGAUGAUAUGGAUCGGUUUGAAAAACUUGUUGGCGAAGAACAAUUUAUGCACUUACCACUGGAACAACUCUCUGUAGAAGAUACUGCUGAUAAUUUCCCAGAGGUGCAGGUGACCACACCAUAUGUAUUUCUGCGAUUCAUGACUUUACAAUUAGAAGGAGUUACUGUAGAGAUGAAAUUUCCCACAUCGAAAGCGCCUGAUCCCGACUACUAUGGACCCUUAACACGUCGUUUGUGGGAACUUCUUCGUAAGGAAGGAGAAGCCUUGGCAGCAUCGGAUGUUAAAACAGGUUUUGCAGAUGUAGAUGGUCCUCAUCUACCAAUUACAAUGAGUGUCUACUUGAAAUCAUUGGAUGUCUCAGUUGAUAGUGAGGGAGUAUUAGAAGUAUUCUUGGCUGAAGGACAACUUACUUUGCAUGAUUAUAAAGAAGAUGUUCAGAGUAAAAUUCUUCGUUGUGUCUUUGAUGUAGACGGCAAGGAACCUUGUAUUUCUGUACACAAACGAGAACCCAUGGUGGUAACCUGUUCUAAAUGGGGUGUUGCAGAAAAAGCCCAUCGCCCUUUUACAGUGGAAUAUGAAAAAGAAGAAGUUGAAGCUGAGAAGAAUAGUUUUAUUACUGUGGUUGCGAAUAUCUGCAAAGUGGAAGCUCAAGUUCACCAAGAUGAAUUUUUUCUUCCAUUAUUUUUCUUUGAUCAGAUUGUGGAGGCGGUGGACAGACUUUGUGUGGUGAUGAAUUCCCCAGUUGGAGAUGAAAAUAAUAAUAAUAAUAAUAAUAAUAAUAAUAAUAAUAAUAUUUCAAAUACAAAUAUUAUCAAUAAGAAAAAUGAUAAGAGUGAAGAAAUAGAAGAAAUAGAAGAAGAAGAAGACGAAGAAGAAUUGAGGGAAUGUAUAGGAGAAACUACAGAGGAAGGGGAUGUUUCCUUAUCUAAUGCUUUUCCUACAUCACAUGAAGAGGAUCAUUCUAUUACUACAGAACCUGAUCCUAUUAUCACAAAUAUAACGAUUCGUUUAAUAGUAAAUGAGGGAACCGUUUCAUUAUGGGCUCCAAGACUCUCCUCUGCAGGUGUUAGCAUUGGAGAACCACUCUGGCGUUGUAUUCCACAUAAAGAGCGACGACGUACGGAUAAGGAACAUUUAUAUCAUCGUUACGAUUUAAUGAUAUCAAAGGUUUAUAUUUUCGCACUUCAUCAGGCAUCUUCUCUUCUUGUAAAGUCAUUCAUACAUGGAAAGGCAUCCGAUUUUUCUUUUAGAGAACGACUCUGUCAAGCAAAAUUGGCUUAUACAGAUUUCCCAUGGCCAGCGGAUCAUGACUCUUCACCUAACUGGGGUGGAUACAUGACACUUUUACAAAGUUAUACCGCACUUUAUAAUCGUUCAAACAAUGUACGUGUACGUACACCGCGUACAAAUACAACAGGGACUACACGCAAACGAUGUACUGUAGGUAUAUCACUAUGCCGUCAUCGUAAUCUGGAAGAUCACACGGAAAAUUAUGAUGUAGUUGUACGAUUAGAUCGUAUUUGUAUGUCUCAUCAAGUUUCACACGAGGGAGAUCAUUGGUUGUUUGUUCUCUCUAAUUUUUUUUCGGAUCUCAGUACAGAUAACCUUAAUAUGGCAGUGGCACAAAAAGAAACUGGAGUAUCACCAUCUGAUUUAGAGAAUGUAGAUGUACGAAGUGAUGAUGGUGUGGCUAUGGCAACAUCAGCUACUGUUCACAUAACACUUAUUGAUGCUCUUGUUGAGUACAGACCCUUUGGGAGGUAUUCUAUGCUUCUCUGCUUAGCCCCUCAUCUUGACAUUUCUCUAACGGUACCAAGUUUAUUAAAGGAGACAACUUUAGUAAAGCUGUAUCUUGGAAAAGAAAAGAUAUCUGUCUUUCUUCAUAACAAUUUUCAACAAUACCUCAUGGAGUAUGAUCGUGAUGCAGGAUUAGAAUCUUUAAUUGGAAGCAGCGAAAAAGGUGUUGCAACAGAUCUUAAAAAUCUUGGUUAUGUCUUGGUAAUGGAUAUAGCAAACUCUGGUUAUGUCAAGGAAAAUAAUAAUAAUAAUAAUAAUAAUAAUAAUAAUAAUAAUAAUAAUAAUAAUGGUACUGGUGAUAUUCCAGAAAACGGUGAUUUAGCGAAUAUUGCUUUAUUUAUUAAUGUGACAGCCGGGAAACCUGUGUUUAUUGAAGUACAGAAGCUUCGUGCUUCCAUGUUCUUUGCACAUGAUUCACUCUACUACUUCCGUACUGUGGUCUCUCAUUUUCUCUCCGGGGUCGAUCUUCUAUACUUGCCAUCCCCUUAUUUACUUGUACAGCGAAGUGGACCUCAUUUUUCUCAUAUUACGCAUGUAAAUUCAACAAAAAAUAACUCCACCGUAACUGUACAUCGUCUGGUAUCGGAUUAUGAGUCUCAUAUUCGUCGUUUACUUGGUACAUCUGUUUUCAAUAUCACCUCUGGAGAGACCUCAGAAAGUAUACAAGAGGGAGGAACUAGUAUGAAAUCAAAAGGUACUACAUCUGUUUCUUAUGCAGACUUUGAUAUGAUUGAAAUGAGUGAUUUCUCUGAAAUGGGUGAUUUCUCUACCCUUCAAACAAAGGAAUGGGUUACCCGUGAGAAUCAACCUAUUGAUUUGGGAAAAUGUUGUGCUAAUAUGAGUUUUCUCUCCAUGUAUGGUGCUGCAGGUGAGAUGCCACAAGCGGGUGGGGGUCCACAUAUUUCACCAAUGUCUACACAUCGUGUUCGAUAUAGACCACGUAAAACCCCAGCGGCCACUCCAAUUGCAGUGGAACUUUAUCUUUACGAUGCGGAUGUUAUUGUUCAUUUAUACGGUGGUACAGACUUUGUACAUGCUGAUGUUCCUCAGAGUUAUCUUCAUACCAUGCAACGUUUUGGUGCAUAUGAUGAAAUGGCUCAAGAAUCUUUUCUUUUCUGGAGUGGAAUGGAAUCUGAUAUGGAGUUAAAUGAAGGAAGACGUGAAGGACAUCGUAUGGGGUUUUUAGGAGGUGGAAGACGACAGAAUGAAUAUGUGGUGGGUCGCUUUACAGGGAUUCGACUUCAAGUAGACUUGUUUCUACCAGGUAAGAAAAAUUAUGCACAAGUGUACUUGGCCGUACGAGAUGGGGAAGUUUUGGAUUGUAUUGAGGGAAGUUCAGUUCGAACUAUUUUAAUGGGAUCUUUUCCACAAUCACUGAGAGAUCAUGAGAGUGAUUUAUUUGAAAUAAAAUGGACCACCAUUCUUCCACGUACCUCUACAUCCUCUGCUGGAGUUAUAAUUGUGGGAAAACCAGAGGAAGAACUUAUUAUACGAAUUCAACCAAUUACAGUGGCUUUGCAUAGACGUGCAAUGAAUCUACUUCCUCGUUUUUUAGAGGUUCCAGAUGAUAUUAAAGAUGAAAAUGAAAUAUGUGAUGUAGUGGAAUCAAAACCAUUGUUUUUUAGUAAAAUUCUCGUAUAUCCUGUUCAAAUAACACUAUAUGUGCAUUUUGAGGGUCAAGGUUUAAUGUCUGCUAUUAGUGGAGAUGUUUUUGAGCUUUUUAACUACAUCUCACCUUCACUUGAGCGGUCAAUCAUACAAGUUCCAUAUAUAUUAAUCGCCGCUUGCCCACUUGAGAGUGUUGCAGAUCGUAUUCUCGAAUCUUUACAAGAUGAGAUUCUACAGUUUCAUGCCUUAUUCAUGCUCUGUUGUGGAGUUCAACUCAUACAGUUAGCAUCUAAUAUUGGUGAAGCAGGUGCUGACGUACUUUUUGCACCUCUACGUGAAUAUAGCCGUAAUAAACGUUUCUUUUCCGCCGUUUCUCGUGCCCUUCGUCGUUUUCUCUUUACAGUAGUUUCCCAAUCAUUACACACAACAGCCAUGUUAUCGCAGCGAGUACACGUUGGUACAUCUACUACAAUUGCCCAAAUAUUACCCUUAUGGGAACAGGAAAAUAUGACACUAACGCGUGGAUCUCAGCCUGUGAAUUUUCUUGAUGGUAUGAGACGUGCAUUUCUGGAAUUCCUUCAGGGGUUUCGCAUGGCUUCCAACAUCACAGCGUACUGUCUUGGCCCACAGGGAAGUCUUCUGCGUUUGCCAGUGGCAGCGCCUGCGGUGAUGGAUGGUUUUAUGCGGGCGACAAUUGAGGUACUUCGCGGGAUGCGCAACAGUGUGGAUCCGGAUUUGUACGAAUUGGAAAAAAGACUGUUUAAAGGUAAGCGUCGAAAGAUUAAUGAUGCAUAG